UGCCCAGGCCUGCAGGCACCCCAUGUCCUGUCCAGCAGGGUUUGGGAGUCAGCAUCCCUGGGCUCUAGUCCCCUCCCUUGCAGGGACUCCGCGUGAACUAACCCCCUUUGACCCGGCCUCAGUUUCUCCGUCUGUGAAAUAGGGAAGGGUUGGCUCUCGAGCGCGCUAACCUUGCAAAACUAAUGGGGUGCAGGAAGGGAGCGACGAAGGACCCACACGUGACCUCCACGCGCGGGGCCCCGCCUCCCCUGAUCCGGGGGUGGGAGCUCCGGGUCGGGCCGGCGGGAGUGGGCGGAUCCAGGACCGGACACCGCCCCCGGCAGCGGCUGGCGGAGCGCGCGGCUGGAGCUGGAGGAUGGGGUUCGCGCCCUCGGCGUCCCGGGCAGCCGCCGUGCCGGCGAGGGCAGUGCGCAGACCCGGCGUGUGACCCGCGUGCGCCUGGGGAGCAUGGACCAGGGCCCGGGACGCAGCUCCUAGGCUCCAUUCCGCGCCCGGUCUGCUGGGGCGCACGUCGCGGGUCGCAGGCGGGCACGGUCGCUCAUGGGCCAUGUGGAGUUACUGGGCCACCUGGCCUGGGGCCGGCGUCGGGGCUAGCCGUGUCCUGCCGCGCUGACGGCGAGUCCGCACCGCAGCGCACCGGAGCGCAGCGCCAUGGCGAGGGAAGAGUGCAAGGCGCUGCUGGACGCGCUCAACAGGACGACCGCGUGCUACCACCACCUGGUGCUAACCGUCGGCGGCUCGGCGGACUCGCAGAACCUGCGGGGGGAGCUGCAGAAGACGCGCCAGAAGGCGCAGGAGCUGGCGGGGGCCGCCGGUGCCCGGCUGACGGUCGCGCUGCGCGACCGGGGCUUGGUCGCCGAGGAGCGCUCCGAGUUCGAGCGCCUGUGGGUGGCCUUCUCCGGCUGCCUGGACCUGCUGGAGGCCGACAUGCGACGCGCGCUGGAGCUGGGCACCGCCUUCCCGCUGCACGCGCCGCGGCGGCCGCUGGUGCGCACCGGGGUGGCGGGUGGCUCCGCGGGCGUGGCGGCUCGCGCUCUGAGUGCCCGCAGCCUCCGGCACGAGGAACAGAGCGACUUCGACGUCGCGGACCUGCGCGAGCUGGAGCGCGAGAUCCUGCAGGUGGGCGAGAUGAUCCACAACAUGGAGAUGAAGGUCAACGUGCCCCGCUGGGCCGUGCAGGCCCGGCAGGCGGCGGGCGCGGAGCUGCUGUCCAGCGCCAGCGCAGGAGCCUCCUCGGCAGGGAUCGUGUCCGUAGAGGAGCGCGCGGGGCCCUGCGACCCCAACAAGGCCCUGGCCGCCACCGUGUUCAGCGCCGUGCUGCUGGCCGCGGUGGCCCUAGCUGUGUGCGUGGCGAAGCUGAGCUGACGGACGCCCAACGCCCGCCUGCCACCCCCGCUCCCUCCCGGGAGACCAGACUCGGGAUGGGCUUGGGGUCCGGCUUGUUGGAGGGGAUCGGCCCUAGAACCCCGUGUGUGCACGUGUACACGCGCGUUUCAAGCACACACCUGCCUGGGCAGGACCUGCUUUCCUCUCGCCGGCCUGGGAGGAGUUAACUUUGCGCGGGGCGGCAGGGCAUUACCGCUAAUGUCUGCAGGAGCUUUGCGCCCUAUUAAUAGAAAGCCGUCACAGUGACCCCAGAUCUCUCCGAGUUAAUGAGUCGACACGUAUGCUGCUGGGCGUCUUUACAGGGAGUCCGGGUUCGGAGCCCAACCCUGCCAGUGUUGCCCCUCUGGGCGCGGGCCAGUUUGAGAAAGGGGAUAUUUGCUAUGUAUGUGUGGAUGGUGGUUUUGUUUCCUGCACAAGAGACAAACUGCAGUAAGAUGUAAGCAGUCUUUAUUUACCUUAAUCCUUGGGGGCCUAGAUUUCGGAGCGUGUGCAGAUGUAAGUCCAUACAGAGUGCUUUCUCUGCGGCGCGCUGUUGCGCUUCUUGGCAAGAGUUUAUCCAUUAGUCACCAAAAGCGGCCAGCAGAGAUUUGAGGUCGUGAAGCCUGCCACUGCUGCUCCUCAGGGUCCUGACUCUGUUUAGGAAACCAAAGGAGGCCUGGUGACCCUGCGGUCGGCCGCGGGGCUGAAUCCACCGCACACACUUAGCUGCGGAAAAGGGCUCUCCCCAGCCAGCCCCGGAUGGGGUACAAGGGGGAGCGGAAGCUUUGGGAAGGGCCACAUGCUAUUUAAACAGGCACUUUCUCCUCCUCUGGGGCUUAUUUUCGUUCCCCAGAACUAGACCAGAGUGUUUGAUCCUCCUCUGGGGGAGGGCUGGGGAAUCCUCUUUGGAGCACUUAAUCCUAUUUGUCCCCCACGAUUUGCUUGCUGGCCAGUAGGAGAGCUGGCUUUGGAGGGGGGUGCCCAGCUCCCUGACCCCAUGCGGCCCCACCCCAGCGGGUAAUGCGGCAUUACCGGCCCUCGGAGGCUUUGAGCCAAUCAGCUCCGACACUGGGCUAGAAUGUAACAGCUUUAACUUGGGCUUUAAGAAGCUUUGUAAGGAGCUUUUAAAAAAAUGAUAAUCUUCUGAAAGAAAAGUGAUGUGACCACAUAGUGUACUGUCAAAGCCGUUUUCUUUAUAAAGAACUCGGGGCCAUGAAUCCAUACCUGCCAAGGACUCAAACGUAGCACUCUUUACAUACUUACUUGGGUUGCUAAAUAUACAUCUGCAUCUGUUUUUUAAAUAUUCUCUCUUUCCCCCCUCCCCCUUUCGCUUCCAAAUAAAUCUACACUCUCAAGUAGCAUCAACUACUGGAACCACAGGUGUAGACACAGAACUGAAGUGGCCCCUAAUUCUUUUGAUCAGUAAAUGAGGAAAGCAACCUGGGUCCCAGGAGGGCGCUUGCUGGGCAGUGUUGCCCCCGCCCACCUGUGGUCCAGAGAGGCCCCCUGCAUUCUUGGGGAAGUAACAAUGACUGAGGCAAGUUAGAUGGAUUUAACUUUCUAAAGGUAACUUCGAAUAAGAUCCAGAAACUCUGGCUGAAAACUGACAAGGAUUUUUUUCUUUUUCCUUUUCUUUUUUACCCCAGAAGUGGGAAAGGAGACCAGCAGGAAGAGAUUGACAAUUUUUCACAGGAACAGCUGGGAGGGCCCAGAGGCUGAGGCACCUAGCGUCAGGGGUGCUGCCUGGCCACUCCCCACUCUGUACCUAGCCCUGGCCCUCUCCUCCUCAGCACACAGAUUCCGGCAUCUCAGGAAAAAUCGUGGGGUCUGUUUUUAUGUGUCUCCGAUCAUGCUUUUUAAAGACCCACAAGGUCUUAAGCCGAUUAAAUGUUUUGUGACAAUAACGGAUAAAAGGAACUCCUGCUGCCUCGCCCAGUCUGGAUAUCGUCACAUAAGAAGAUGUUCAGAAAUAUUCCAGGAUUAUAAAUCUCCAAGUGCUGUUCUACAAUAAGAUUAAAUUCCACUUUUUAAUGCAGAAUGGAAACCAAGAAGAAUAGGUCUCCACAUGAAAGAUCUUUGGCUGUGGCCAACACAGAUCAAAGCCAUAUUUCAAAUAUUAUGUCUUCUGGCUCUCAGGAACUGAACAAAGGUAGUUCCAGCCCCACGUCCACGAGGACAAGAUGGAUGUCUGGAAAAAUGUUCUUCUCACCUGUUUUUCAUCUCAUUCGAUAGAGGAUGCUGGGUGUUUUCCCUGUAAUGCUGAGAUCUUGGGCAUACUCAUUCUUUGGUGUUUAAGUUGAGAAUUUUAUAAGGUUUAUAUGAUAUAAAUAAGCCAAUAUAAAUAUAAUAUAAGCCAAAUGAGAGUCCCUAUUGUCAAAAUAAUUUAAGGAAUCCUUUUAAUGUUCUGGUUCCAAAAAGCAAAGCCGAGUGUCCCCUGCUUGUUACGUAUGUAUUAGGCAUACGGAGAAGAUUUACAAAGAAAUAUACAGAAAUUAAAAUAUUUGUUGAGGUGGUAGGAUUAUGGACGGCGUUUUUCAGUAUUGUUCUUUCAUGUUGUUACAUUGUUUUUAACAAUAAAAUUUCGAAUGUUCUUGU